GAAAAGCCAUUUGCAAAUAAAUUUUUGCUAAUAGUAGUCAUUAAAAAAAUUAUAAAUUAUUAAAAUUUAAAAAAGCAAAUUAAUAUUUUAAUUUUAACCUAGCUCAAUUUUGUUUAAACUACAAAACAUUUAUUAUUUCGAUAAUAAUGAUGAAUAAACUAGUAUUGAUUGCAACUUUUGCUUUCAUUAUUAAUGUUGUCUCUAUUGAAUCAUUUUUCACAGGAUCAUAUCGUCUGAACUGUGAUCCAAAGAGACAGGAAUACCAAUCAUGUGGUACUAUGUGUCCGACUACCUGUCAAGAUGUUGUAAGCACUGGAGACUACAUAAAGGCAUGUCCAAUGGCCUGUAGGUCCGGCUGUUUCUGUAAGGAACCGUAUGUGCUUGACCACAAGGGUGGCAAAUGUGUACACAGGUCAACAUGUUUAAUAGAUUCACUACCAAAAUAAUGAUUUAAAACAACAUUAUUAUAUAAUAUUAUAUAUAAUAUUAUAAU